CCGCCCGAGGCCUCACCGCCCGCAGCGCCCAGCGCGGGCCCAGUCGCAACCGGGAACCCCCCCGGGACCCCCUGGGACUCCCCCGGGACCCUCCCGGGACCCCCAAGCUAUGGACGUGCUGCGGACGGUGGCCCGCAGGGCCUGGCCCGCCCCGGCCCCGCCCCCGCGGCCAUUUUGGGUGUGCGACCACCGCCGGGGGCGGCCCCGGGGUGUGCUGGCGGCCGGCCUGGAGGAGCUGCGGGGGCAGGCAGCGGAGGCGCUGGGCCUGCCCCUGCCAGUGGAGCUGGUGCUGGCGGAGGAUGGCACGGCCGUGGACACCGAGGGCUUCUUCGGGGCGCUGCCGCCCCACACCCCCCUCAUGGCUUUGGGGCCGGGCCAGCGCUGGGAGCCCCCGAAGGCGGUGACGUUCGGGGGGCAGUGGGACCCCCCCGGGGCGCGGGGCGGGGACGAGGUGGCGCGGGUGACGGUGGCGCUGGCGCGCGCCGGGCCCCGGGACCUGGUGGGGCGGCUGCGGGUGACGGCGGCCGUGCGGGGGCUGCGCUGUGACGUGGCGGGGCUGGGCCCCGAGCGCCUGCUGAGGGAGCUGCUGCGGCUGCUGGCGGCCACGACGCGCGCCGUGGGGCAGAGCCUGCUCAACCUCUCGGCCCUCCUGCGCCGCCUCCUGGACAGCGCACCCCAAAGGGGCGGGGCCUAUGAGCAUUAGGCCCCGCCCCAUUUCCCACAACCCCGCCCCUGACUUAUAGCCCCGCCCCCUUCCCCAUAACCUGCCAAUAAAGAGCUGUGAUGUGG